UUUUAAGCGAAGAAGACCUAAAUCGAAAUUCAAAUUGAUGGUGAAGAUGAAAGGAUGGUUAGGGCAAAUGGGUUUCAACAAAAAUGGCGGAAACAUUAACUGGUUCCCUGGUCAUAUGGAUGCUGCCAAUCGUGCCAUUCGCCGCCGGCUCAAACUCUCCGAUUUUGUCAUUGAAGUCCGUGAUGCCCGUAUACCAUUAUCCUCAGCAAAUGAAGACUUGCAGUCUAUGCUUUGUGAGAAAAGGCGGGUGAUUGCCCUCAAUAAGAAAGAUUUGGCCAACCCCAACAUCAUGCAUAGGUGGAUCCGAUAUUUCAAUUCAUGUAAACAAGAGUGCUUCCCAAUAAAUGCACACAGUAGAAGUUCUGUGCAAAAGCUUCUCGAUAUUGUGGAGUUUAAAUUGAAGGAAGUUAUUACAAGGGAACCUACUCUUCUUGUCAUGGUGGUUGGUGUUCCUAAUGUCGGAAAAUCAGCUUUAAUCAAUUCCAUCCAUCAAAUUGCAUCAUCCCGAUUUCCAGUGCAGGAGAAGAUGAAGAGGGCUACAGUGGGGCCUUUGCCUGGUGUUACUCAAGAUAUUGUUGGAUAUAAGAUUGCACAUCAACCUAGCAUAUAUGUGUUGGACACUCCAGGUGUGUUGGUUCCAAGUAUUCCAGAUAUUGAAACAGGGUUAAAGUUGGCUCUAGCAGGGUCCAUCAAGGAUUCAGUAGUUGGUGAAGAUCGAAUUGUUCAAUACCUAUUGGCAGUUCUAAACACCAGAGGAACUCCUCUUCAUUGGAGACACUUGAUCGGUAGGGAAACUGAGGGCCUUCAUCACGAGUUGGAUGACAAACCUGAGUAUAAUCUCAAGGAUCUUCUACCAAAAAGAAGGAAGCCACCCAAUAAAUUUGAUAUCUACUACAUAGAGGAUAUGGUCAGUGAAGUCCAACGCACGCUAUGCACCACACUGUCAGAGUUCAAUGGUAAUUUGGAAGAAGAAGGCGAGUUGGAGAUUUUGAUAGAUCAGCAGUUUGAAGCUUUGCAAACGGCUCUAAAGAUACCUUACAAGGCAUCGGAAGGUCGCAUGAUGGUGUCAAAAAAAUUUCUAACUCUAUUUAGAACAGGCAAACUUGGUCCUUUCAUCCUGGAUGAUGUCCCUGAUACAUCUGAUUCUGCAUCUUGAAAUGUCAUUUGCAAGGUAUCAGUGUAUAUAAUAUGAUAUAUCUUUUUUGAAUACUUAAACCCUGAUCAAUCUAAUACUAGUUUGG